AUGUCCGACUAUUCGCCGGGACCUUUGCGCGCCCCCACCCUUGCACCGGGAGCUUCUGGAGCUACGGGACAGGGAUCAGGCAGCCGCUCCUUUCUGUCCCGCUUGAGUUCCGUCGCUUCCGUCGCUGCACGAGACGAGGACGAGGAGAUGUCUGAAGGGCCGAAAUCCAAGAUCUUCACCGACGACGAGCUCGUCCCGGGGCCGGAGAUGAACGAUGUGCAAAAGUUGGGGCAGGCAUUGUCAAAAGAAAGGGGGACACCGGCAAUCCUCGAUUGGGAGGCAGAGUUGGUUGGGUUGUUGUUGGACAAGUUGGAGCAACAGGGCAAGAUGAUGACGACUCUGCGGGCCGAUCCGUCCACGAGCGAGGAGGAACAUUUCCGUCUCGUGCUUGUGCAGACUGAGAUGGAGAGGGGCAAAUGGCUCAUCCGGAGUUAUGUGCGCGCACGGUUGCAUAAGAUCGAAAAGUUCGCCCAGUACAUCGCGGCCACGCCUGAGAUGCACUCUCGGCUAUCUGGUGCUGAACUCUCACAUGCACGCAGGUACGCUGAUCUCGUGGGCCAACACUACUCUUCGUCCGUGCUCGACUCAUUGCCGGACUGGCUGCGGCGGUUGGAUGAGGGCGGCGCUGUGCCUAUGGUCGCACAGCCAAACCUCGCACAGCCCGUGCUCGUGUACAUUCGCCAGGACUGCGGCGAAAUUGCGCUCGAAGGGGACGAGGUCGCAGAGCUCACUAAGGGAUCUACGCAUUUGGUGCGUUACGACCUGGUCGAGCGGUGGGUGCAGCUGGGAUGGGCCGAGGUGUUGUAA